AUGACGCAACAGAACGAUACAGUAUAUGAUUUGAUCAAGGGGUUCACUCAUCUGUCCACCGCUCCAACCAGUUCCGACUCUCUAAACAAUCUGAUUACGACAAGAAAGAAUAUAACAGGAACGUUUCAACUUGAUGAUUCCUUUCCAAUUCGAAUUUGUCGCUUGUUCAUAUUGACUUUAACUGAAGAUAAUAAUAUGAUUGGGUUAGAAGCCAAGGAACGCAGUAUCGUGGCCAAUCUCCUUAAUUUUUCCAUUGGGAUAUAUGUGCCAAAAGGAAUAGAUAUUCUUUUAACAGGAUUAGGUGAUAUCAGAACUAAGGAUGUCAAUAUAAAAGUCAGAUGGCCAUGGACCACUUUCAGAACAGCACUAGUUAAUGCAAAUCUCUAUGGUAGAAUGGCUAUGGAUACAAACCAUAAAGGCAAUAUUGGUCACUAUGAAACUAAUUUAGUUUGGAACGACGAGGAAGGACAUCAAAAAUUGGAACACUAUAUUGAAAACUAUUGGAAGGAUAAAGUUGCUAAAACUUUGCCUGAUGAUGAAGGCUAUUCUUUAACUGAUUGUUUCGCAGCAUACGAAUGGGUGAAAGAACAACUUGAAGAGAUGCCUGUUCUCUUAGGCUUAUAUACAGGGAGAAUCCCCUUUGACGAUCCGAAUGUGGAGCCAGUUUUUCAAACUUUAGGAUUAAAAAGAAUGACAAUCCUGGAUGAAGUUUUAGUGAAGGGGUUGCUUGAUCCUCUUCGUGCCAUCGAAAACACAUAUUCCUGUUUAUAUGACCAAUUGUUUUCCAUGAGAUAUCUUGCACCUUUAGGAAAUCGAAGGAUCGAUCAAGCACUUGCACCUUUAGGAAAUGGUAGUCUUGGUCAAGUGUUUAAGGCUGGAAAGGAUAAGAAUCAUGCAUAUAUGGCAAGGAUUUUGAGUACUUACAUGACCGAUGACGAGAUCGCAUACGGGUUUUCUUUAGUUCCUUCGAUAUCUUUUAAAAUGAACUAUGAGGAAGACUAUGACGGCAAAUUGCAUUUUGCUGGAAAAUCCCUGAUAAGCUUCCUUGAGUUUAAGAUAUAUGGACCAGUACGUCUCUUGAAACACAAAGGUUAA